AUGAAUAACAACGGUCAAAAUCGUGAGCAAGAUCGACAUGAUCAAAAUAUGAAUUUACUCCGUUUCUCGUAUUCUACAAGUGAUACAUCUACACAUCUAAAUCAACUAUUCAACAACAAUAAUCAACAAGAACCAAAUAUGCAUCAACAAAAUAUUUUUUCAAGUUUUACUGAAGGACAAAAGAAUCUUUUAGUGAACAAGAAUAAAGGCUUUUAUGGUUUGGACGACUCUUUUGUCGCUGAAAUUCCCAUA